UAGGGGCUGAACCGCACCGAGUGAACGCCAGCCUUCUGCCUGCUUCAGUUGGAUCUCCCUGAGGAAUCGCUGCAGCCUGGUUAGCUGAAGAGUCCUGGGUUUCUGCCCAACAAGAGUCCUGGGUUUCUGAAGAGAUAUGAAGAGCAACCCUCAAGGAGCUGUGCUGAAGCAACAAGCUUCUCGAGAGCUGAACAAAAGAAGAACUCUCUUACAGGAUAACAGCUGGAUCAAGAGCCGUCCCGAGGAAGAAAAAGAUGAAAAUUAUGGGAAGGCGGCGCUCAACAGGCAUAACUCCCAUGAUGCCUUGCACAGGAAAAUAAAGGAAAAAGAUGAACCAAAAGCUGUGCUUAGUCGGUACAGAUCAGAUGACACUUUGGACAGGAUCUCAGACAGAAAUGAUGCUGCCAAAACAUCUAAAGCCAGUACCUUGGAUAGCCGACUAACGAAUAGAAGCGUAUCAACAUUUAGAUCAUCGGAUGCAAGCAAGUCGCACCCUGGCAGUUUGCUGAGUGCAAGCACCUCCAAGACCACAGGUUUCAGCCCUGCUGCCAGUCCUGUGAAGAAAAAGAGACAGUCCUGGUUUCCACCACCUCCUCCGGGUUACAGCACCACCCCAAGCACAGAAGCCAGCAGAAGGAACCCAGCUGUUCAUCCCCCAAUACCACCAAAGCCCAGUUCUCCAAUUUCUUCUUCUAAGCCGCUGAGACAAGAGAAUAGGGAAAUACCUCCAUCUAAACUUGGUAUGUCUACAGAAACCAAAAGAUUUACUGAAAGAAAUACAAGAACUCAGGAUCUUGAUGACAUGGUCAAGGAGACAGCGUCCCUUCAAGAAACUGACAAGGGUAAAGAAUUGGAUAAUAUCAUCAAAAUGAACAAAAGCUUAAGCAGAAAUCAAGGUCUUGAUGGUCUCUUCAGAACAAAGUGGAAGGCAGAGCAAAUAGACAAAAGAGCCAAAAGUCUUGAAAGUCUCAUCUAUAUGAAUACCCAGAUGGACAGAGAUGGCAAAGGAAACCAAAGCCUUGGAAAUUUUAACAGAGUUAAUCAAAGGACUGACAAAAGUGAAAAAGGAAGCCGAGACCUUGAAUCUAUCAUGAAAGUGAAUAUCAAGACAGAGGAAACCAAAAGAGGAAAACAAGAUUUUGAUGGGUUUAUUAAAGUGAAUCCUGAAACCAAUAAAAGCAUCAAAAGCAGUCAAAGCCUUGGAAAUCUGAUCGAAGUGAGUCCUGAAGGAAACAGGAGUAGACAAGGGGGCCAAAGUCUUGACUGUCUGAUCAAAGUAGUUCCUGAAAUGAACCAAGGGAACCGAGAGCCAGAUAAUCUUAUCAAAAUGAACCCUUCCACAGACGAAAGCAGUGAACAAUGUCUUGAUGAACAGAGUAAUAUAAACCUGAAAGCUGUCAAAAAUACUGCUAGUGACCAAUAUUUUGAUAAGCAAAUCAAGGUGAAUACAGAAAUUCUCACCAACAAUCAAAGAAACGAAGAUCUGGAUAACCUCAUCAAAGUGAAUCCCUCAAUAACCAGAAGCGAUCAGAGCUUAGACUUGGACAAUCUUAUUCAGUUGAAACCUUCCGCUCUCAGAAAUGUUAAUAGAGAUCGGGACUCAGAAAAUGUAACUGAAGCAAAUUCUCAUAUGUCUGAGAAAAAGGUUAAAAGCUCCAGUACUGGAACCAGACAUGCAAGACCAAAGGACACUGUUAUGUACACAAGGACGUAUGUAGAGAAUAGUGAAAUACCGAAGAAUGGGUAUCAGGAGAAUAGCUCUGGAAAGUAUAUACAAACUGUUUAUUCAACUUCAGAUAGGUCUGUCAUUGAAAGAGAUAUGUGUACUUACUGUCGAAAACCCUUGGGUGUGGAAACAAAAAUGAUUUUAGAUGAAUUACAAAUUUGUUGUCAUUCCACUUGCUUUAAGUGUGAAAUAUGCAAACGGCCUUUGGAAAAUCUGAAAGCAGGUGACAGCAUUUGGAUUUAUAGACAAACAAUACACUGUGAGCCUUGCUACUCGAAGGUUAUGGCCAAGUGGAUUCAAUAGUGCCAAUACAUGGAAAUCAAGAUGGAAAACAUUUAUUAAAGAAUUAAAAGUUACAAGUUUUGAAAACAUGCAAUCUAUAAAAGCUUUUACAUUGAAGAUCAACAUUUAUAUAAAAUUAUAAUAAUUCUAAUAGUGCAUAAAUAAUCUAUUUACUUUCAAUAAGGUUAUAGAAAUGAAAAGAGCCAUCUGGCAUCUGGCUAGAUUAAUGAUAAGAAACUCAUAUGAUUCUAGUUAUUAGAAUGAAAGAAAUAAUGUGUUUGAUGGUAGUGAAAAUUGUCAGCCAUAGUUAGAUCCAUCCCUAGUGCUACAUCAUGGCUCCCAUUCUAGCAAAGUUAUUUAUUUUUCUCAUCUUUAUUCUUCUAAGAAUUUGGGUUCUCAGGCACUAUUGACACCCUAACAAAGAUACUAAAGGUAGCAAGAUAUGCUUUUUUUUCUGCAAAGGAAAUGUUAGAAAUUUUUGUACAAACUUUGGCAAAAAGAUGUCAACAUCAAAAGUUGUGUGUUGUAGAAAAUCACUUAAGAUUUCUACAUCUCGAUGACAUUACUCAUAAUGUGGGGGUACUGGAGAAAAUGUUUCCUACUUUUUACUUUCCCAGUUCUCUUUUAAUGAAGGAACUUUGAGUUUGUUCAUUUAAAUCAUACCAGUAUAUGUGUUUGUUAAGCUUAUCAUCUAAAGUGGGCAAGUAAACAAUUUGACCUUUGUGUCAUCCUUUAGUUUAUCACAGCCAUAUUUAUAUGUACUGUAUUUUUUAAAAAAGAAAUGAACUUAUUGGCAUAGGUAAAAUAAUGUGACAUGUAUAGUUUACAUAAUAUAAUUUGUUAAGUUUCCUUUGCAUGAAUUUCAAAAGUCUGAAAUACAAAUAAUGUACAAGAUAUAAUGGUUAUGGAUUAUAGAGACAUGUUACAUGUACUCAUAUUACUGAUAACUGUAGAUUUACAGAAGGCUUAUACAAAUAAAGUGAACUAUCAGUUAUGCAUAA